ACCUGUUAUUAUCAGAGAUAUAUCCAUGCGCAGCUUUUCACUCUGCUGUGAUCUUCUUCGUCAUGUUUGCCACACGGCAAUUAUGUGUUGCAAUGAUGCUCUGGAGAGCCACCUUCAUGUUAUUGUAGGAACCCUAAUACCUCUUACCACGGACCAGCCUGAGAUUCAGGAACAGGUCCUAGGCUUGUUGAAGUAUCUGGUGAUAGACAAUAAGGAUAAUGAAAAUCUGUACCAAGCAAUCAAAUGCUUGGAUCCUUUUCCUGAAUAUCCUGCUUUUAAAGAUUUGCGAGCAACUCAACAGAAGAUAAAGUACAGUAAAGGACCAUAUUCUCUUUUGGAGGAAAUGAAUCACUUUCUCUCAGUUGGUGUUUGUGAUUCACUGCCCUUAACACGACUUGAAGGGCUGUAUGAUUUACGCAAAAAAUUGGAACAAUAUAAAGAUCAGAUGAAGGAUCUCCUGAAAAAUUUCCAGGAAAAGCCAGAAGAUUCUGUAGUAGUGAAGUUGGUGGUGAGCUUACUGCAGCUGGCCAAGAUGGCAGUGAACCAUACGGGUGAAAGAGCGGUGCUGGAGGCUGUUGGAAGUUGCUUGGGAGAAAUAGGUCCCAUGGAUUUCUCCACCAUAGCUCUUCAGCGUGCUGAAAAUGCACUGGAUUCUAAAGCAGUGGACUUACUUGAAGACAGAAAUCUUCAGUGGGUCUUCAUAGUGUUGACUCAAAUAAAUAUUGCUUUAACAGAUAAUUGUAUUGAUGUUAGAGCUGCUGCUGUUUCCUGUUUGAAAAACAUAUUAGCCACCAAGUCUGGCUGUGAGUUUUGGGAAGUUUAUAAAAAUAAAGCUGAUCCCAUGUUAACCUAUCUACAGCCUUUCAGAAUGUCUAGGAAAAAGUUUUUUGUAGUACCUGCUAAUGAUGCAGAGGCUUCUUUAGAAUCUUUGGAUGACACAAACCUUUGGGUUCCUCUGGGAGAAAGCCAUGAGACCUGGAUCAAGCGCCUCACUGGUUCUGUACUGGACAGUGGGGGUGUGCAAAAUGAAGUUCUCCAGUUAAUGAAGCCUCUGUGUGAGGUGAAAACAGACUUGUGCCAAACUUUGCUUCCAUACCUGAUUCAUGAUAUCCUUCUUCAUGACUCAGAUGAAUCUGGGAGAAAUCUUUUGUCAGUUCAUAUCCAAAAGUUUUUUACAGCCUGUUGCAGAUUUGCCUCAUCUAGUAGAUCUGCUACACCUCCAAAUUCUGAUUCAGAGCAAGAAACCAAUAAUUCUAGAAGUUUGGAUAAAGUAUCUCGACGAGCCAUGCUUGCUGUUGUUGAUUACUUAAGAAGACAAAAGAGAUCUGUUUCAGGUACAGUUUUUGAUGACAGCUUCUGGCUAGAUCUGAAUUACCUGGAGGUUGCUAUAGCAGCACAGUCUUGUGCUGCUCAUUUCACAGCCUUGCUUUAUGCAGAAAUCUACGCAGACAAGAUAAAUAGAGACAAACAGCAAAAAAGGUCAUCUUUUAAAGCAGCUAAAAGUUUGACAUUUGAAGAAGAAAGUCAAAAAACAACUAUUACUAUUUUGAACGAAAAAAUUAAAGAAGAAACUGGCAUAAGUUUACAGGACCUUCUGAUGGACGUAUAUAGAAGCAUUGGGGAACCUGACAGUCUCUAUGGCUGUGGUGGAGGAAGAAUGUUACAGCCAUUAGCACGGAUAAGAACGUAUGAGCAUGAAGCAGUAUGGGAGAAAGCCCUUGUAACGUAUGACCUGGAGGCAAGCCUCUCUCCAUCUGCUCGCCAGGCAGGAAUCAUAGAGUCUUUGCAGAAUUUUGGGCUUUGCCACACACUUUCCAUGUAUUUAAAAGGACUGGAACAUGAAAACACCGAGUGGUGUGCGGAACUACAGGAAAUUCGCUACCAAGCAGCAUGGAGAAAUAUGCAGUGGGGUCACAUCUCUUCUGUCAAAGAUGAGGCAGGAAGACCAGGGUACCAUGAAUCAUUGUACGAUGCUCUUCAGUCUUUACGAGAUCAGGAAUUCUCUGCUUUCUGUGACAGUCUUAAAGAUGCAAGAGUAAAUGAAGUAGAAGAGCUCUGCAAAGGCAGUCUUGAGUCUGUUUAUUCGUUGUAUCCAACUCUUUGCAGACUACAGCUAGUUGGAGAGUUGGAAAAUAUAGGUCGGCUAUUCUCCAGGUCUGUUACCACUCAGCAACUGAGUGAUACUUAUUUGAAAUGGCAGAGACAGUCCCAGCUUCUCAAGGACAGUGACUUCCGUUUCCAGGAACCUAUCAUGGCUCUGCGCACUGUGAUUUUGGAGAUCUUGCUUGAAAAGGAGGUUGAAAAUCCCAAAAGAGAAUGUAUCAAAGACAUCUUGACCAAACAUCUAGUGGAGCUCUCUAGAUUGGCAAGAACUGCUAAAAAUACACAGCUUCCAGAAAGAGCAAUGUUUCAGAUCAAACAGUACAAUCCAACGGGAUAUGGACUUUCUGAAUGGCAACUAGAAGAAGCUCAGGUUUUCUGGGCUAAAAAGGAAGAGAGUCUUGCACUGAAUAUUCUUAAGGAGAUGAUAAAAAAAUUAGAUGCAGAUUGGUUUCAGGUUGAGAGUAAUCCUCAUCUGAAAUUGAUGUAUACAGAGUGUCUGAGGCUGUGUGGAACCUGGUUAGCAGAAACUUGCUUGGAAAACCCUACAGUCAUCAUGCAGAAAUACUUAGAAAAGGCUGUGGAAAUUGCUGCAAGCCACAGUGGAGACAGCAGCGAUGAGCUGAAGAAAGGAAAGAUGAAGGCUUUCCUGUCUUUGGCUCGUUUCUCAGAUAAUCAGUACCAGCGAAUUGAGAAUUACAUGAAAUCCUCUGAGUUUGAAAAUAAGCAGGCAUUACUGAAGAAGGCCAAGGAGGAGAUCGGCCUCAUUAGGGAGCGUAAAGUUCAGACAAAUAGGUAUAUAGUGAAGGUUCAGCGAGAACUGGAACUGGAUGAAUGUGCCAUAUCUGCCCUGACUGAGGAUCGUAAACGUUUCUUGUGUAAAGCAGUGGAGAACUACAUCAGCUGCCUACUAAGUGGAGAAGAACACGAUAUGUGGAUCUUCCGACUCUGCUCCCUGUGGCUUGAAAAUUCUGGAGUUGACAGAGUCAAUGAAAUUAUGAAGAAAAAUGCUGAGAAGAUCCCUUCAUACAAGUUUUUGCCUCUGAUGUACCAGCUGGCUGCUCGGAUGGGAACCAAGAUGAUGGGUGGCUUGGGAUUUCAUGAAGUUCUGAAUAAUCUAAUGUCUAGAAUUUCACUGGAUCACCCACAUCAUUCUUUGUUUGUAGUAUUAGCUUUGGCAAACGCUAACAAAGAUGAACUCCUCACAAAACCAGAUGCAAUAAGAAGAAAUAAGUUAAUUAAAAAUGCACCGAAAGAAAUCUCCCAGCUUGAUGUGGACCGAAUGGAGGCUGCUAGGAAUAUAAUCAAUGUCGUAAGAAAAAGGAGAGCUCGUCUCGUUAGAGACGUUGAAGCACUCUGCGAUGCUUACAUCACUUUAGCAAAUGUAGAUGCUACUCCAUGGAAGUCGCAAAGAA